GCAGUAUGUGUCCAACUUGAAGAAGGAACCUGACAUUUACCUUAAUCGAACGAAAAUCACGUCAACUCCACGAUGUUUUCCUGACUGCGCUUUACAUGAUCAACUCUAUAAAUCACUACUAACUCGUGCUGUCAGUGCCAACAGCCAUACUGCACGGAUGUAAAAGCAGAAACACGACUCACUAUGCAGAAAAAAAUGUACUGCCACGCCGAGCACUCACUGCAUACAUCGUCAUUGCCAUUGCACCAGGUGGGACAUUUACCGACGCCAACCGUGUCAGGAGCGGUGGCAGAGGGCAUGGCAGAGAUUGAUGAGGUUAAAUUAGCAAUGACGGCGAGGACAACUGCAGCGGAGAAACGCAUUAUCUGUGACUCCCGUGAUAUAGUGUCAGAUAAUUCUGAAGAAGACAGUACUUGUGAGGACGGCUGGCUUUUAGUAUGUGCUCAAAACUGUUGUUUGAAAUUCGUUUUGCCUAUGCAUAUUUGCAAUGCCAGCAGGUUGCCAGCCAAGUCGCAUCAGCAACUUGGUGUGAAAUUACUAUCUACUGAACAAAUUCACGAUUCCAACCAGCUGUCAACUCGGUACCAAAAGCACUCAACAUCAUGGAACCAUUUCCGCAUGGCUCGAUGGGUUCAUGUUGAGUUCGGCACCUAUCAAGGCAAAAGUCAGCGGAACAUCCAUCUAGCCUCAAGAAGACGUAUCGUCUCGUCUGAAUCCGGGCAUUUGAGCAACUCGUCCGACUUCUUUACUGCAGGGAGUUUGAUAACAUGCCUGUUGGCAACGCUUUCCCCUCACUGUGGUGCGAAGACGUGAUAGUUGAAGAGACGUAGAUUCGAUGGAAUCGCAGGAAGUCGCAUCAUAACACGUUUUUUUUGACUUUAUCUUUUCCGCCACCGUUUUUCACUUUCAUCGUAUCGCCAGCAGCCAUGGUUACUUCUUUCGGCAACUUCUCGGGUUCAAGCUUGAUGGGCCACGAACAAAACUAGUACGAAAAUCUGUCCAAAGCAACUGUAUUGAUCGUCAGGCUCUGAACUAGGUAUUGCACCAUCAACCAUGAUACCAAAGUGAAAGCAGAAACUUGACUCACUUGUCGCGACAUACCACUCGGGCUGCCGGCUAAUUUUCAACCGACUACUACAAACAG